AUGGGGACCUGGAUUUUGUUUGCCUGCAUCCUGGGAGUAGCUUUCUCUAUGCCUCUACCAUCUCAUCCUGGGCACCCUGGUUAUAUCAACUUCAGCUAUGAGGUUCUUACUCCUCUGAAGUGGUACCAGAACAUGAUAAGACCACCGUACCCUUCCUAUGGUUACGAACCCAUGGGUGGAUGGCUUCACCACCAAAUCAUUCCCGUGCUGUCCCAGCAGAACCCCCCGAAUCACGCCCUGCAGCCUCAUCACCACAUCCCCUUGGUGCCAGUUCAGCAGCCCGUGGUCCCCCAGCAGCCAAUGAUGCCUAUUCCCGGCCAACACUCCAUGACUCCAACCCAACACCACCAGCCAAAUGUCCCUUCACCCGCCCAGCAGCCCUUCCAGCCCCAGCCUGUUCAGCCUCAACCUCACCAACCCAUACAGCACCCCCAGCCUCCCAUGCACCCCAUGCAGCCCCUGCCUCAACAGCCACCUCUGAAUCCGAUAUUCCCCAUGCAGCCCAUGGGGGUUAUUCCUGAUAUACCCAUGGAAGCCUGGCCAGCGACAGACAAGACCAAGCGGGAAGAAGUGGUCCCAUUGCCCUUGGACGGGCAUGAGAAGAACUAUGAAGAGACCCCACAAGCUGAACAUAAGCAAGUCUGCUGCAAGAGUGGUGUAGACACUGCCUGCAUUCAUUCUGUGCUAACUUUCUAUAUAGGCUUUUUCUCGAACACACUUGAUUGCCGAGGGUAA